UGUGUGUGUCUUUCCCAUACAGGUCAAGACUGGCCGAUUUCCACAUGAACUGCAUUGUGACUCAGCACACAGCGAGCAGCUGUCCCAACGAAGACAAUUACCAGGCCUGCUUGGCCUCAUACGCCCGACUGAUAGGGACGGAGAUGACUCCAAACUAUGUGGACAGCAGCUACUCCAACUGGACCGUCUCCCCGUGGUGCAGCUGCAGAGGCAGCGGCAACCAGGAAGAAGAAUGUGUGAACUUCCUGCGGGACUUCACCGACAAUACGUGUCUAAGAAAUGCCAUCCAGGCCUUUGGAUACGAGGCGGACAGUGCGCAGAACAAAGAGGACUCUAUUCCGGGGCCCUCGGCGACAGCGAGGCCUGGGCCUGAUGGGUCAACGAGCAGCUCGGAGCCCCACUACAUCCCCAACGACGUCCAGCCAGGGGAGGAUGUCCUCGGCAAGUCUCACCUGGAGCCCGUCAGUGGUUACGGUGGUCUGAUCCGGCCGCAGGAGCAGCCCGGCGACGGCUCAGCCAGUCUGAGGGGCCCCUGGGCACUGGUCCCGGGCCUUGUCUUGGCCCUCGUCCUGCUGCAGCAGGCCGUAUAGAGUGGCCGGAGGGGGGGGGGGGGGGGUCGGAGUGUCGGAGUUCAUCCACUACGCGCUGAUCCCGAGAGGGUUGACGAAGAGGAGGGCGAGCGGUGUUGGCCAUUGAUGAAGGAAUAUGACAACCACUGACGAAAAACAGAAGCGAUGGAAGGAGAGGACGGACGCAGGUCAAGGAAGGUGAAGGUAUAGCAGAAGCUGACAUUUUGAGACCCGAUCAAAAAAACAAACCCCAAACCAACAUAAUCUACUCAUUUCUUUUUGUGUUUCUGUGAGGGCAUGUCGAUAAAAAAAAUAAACAACGCACAGGAGGAGGCGGAGUCUGAGGACAUAGGGACUGGGAUUGGACCCCCAGGGGGGGGGGGGGGGCUUCCCCCUGAGACUGAAAGCCCUGAGACUAUAGCCCUCUGACUGUGGAGGCGGCCCCCCCCAGCAGGGCGGCCCCCCCACCACUGCUCUCUCGCUGCGCCGGAAAUGGCAGUGGGGGGAGGGGAGGGGAUCAAUUAAUAAUUAGGGGAAGAGAGAAUGGAAAGUGUAUUGUAUAGUGUAAAAAAAGAGAGAGAGAAUUAGGACUAACAGUGUGGGGGAGGGGGGGCGGGAUGAAGUACUCCGGCUAUUAGAAGCACUUUUUUCAUCUUGAAUCUCGACGAAAAUUGCAUUGGAUUAAAUUCUGUCUCUUAAACUCUAACGUCAACUCUCAAAUGUAAAGCCUACUCCUUGUUCUCCGUGUCGGUAUAGUAUCCGUGAUCAUACUCUCUAACCGUGGUUUGGCUCAUUCGGGUCUGGGCUAACAGUCUAUUUUUUCCGCAGGAUUUGAAAAAUAAAUGUAAAAGGGCGCGAUAUCAGUUAAUGGCUCUCAUGGAGGUGUCCCUUGUGUUCAUAUUUGGCGGGUGAGGGCGCUAUAAGGCCACCCGCAACUGUGUAUAUUUUAUGUCCCUGUACAUAGAUAAAAAAAAACUUUUUGUUUGUUUUGAUUUGUUUUCUUUCAUUGAAACUAAUGUUAUCUGCAGUACUUUAAUGGACAUUGCUGUAUGUCAUGUGACAGUAUUACGGAUGAGUGAUUGGGCUCUAUCCAGAGCCUUCAUUAUCUGCGUUUCUAUUUGUCCAUGAAGGUUGGAACCACAAAGAAUGUAUUCCGGGAUGAAAUUAAACGAGCGCUAAUUGCUUGGAAAAGCCAUAACCUGUGUUUGAGUACCUCUGGAGAGUCCCCUUCGAGCACUUCACGGUUAAUGUUCAGGAGGAGAGAACGCUUCAGCCACACAAUGACAUAACAGACGGGGGGUUUUAUUUACUGCCCUCAGAGAGCUAAGGGGCUACAUCAAUGUUGACAAUUGUUCCGGUUUGAUUACACGUGCGGGUUAAGGUUUCAACCCGCAGAAAAUCCCCCUAAUCCCUAGAACCACCACACCACAACAAUAACAUCAAACCGAUGGGUUCCCAAGCCAAACUUGCCGAUAAAUAGUCAGUAGGCCUAUUUCAAUAAAGCUUGUUAUAAAUGCAUCCUUAUUUACAAAACGUAGCUCGAUUCUCUCGCUCCUGGGGUAAUGUGAAACUCCUUCGGCGUCCUCCGUGCUAAUUAGUUUACUGUUCCUCGGAUGGCUCCAUUUGUGCGUAGGCCGACGGCUACUACAUGUUUACGCUCCGAAGCAAAGCGCUCAUUGCGGGCAGCAAGGCGACUGCUGGAGACACAGCAGUCAGAGUCCGAAGGCGUGCAGUCGCAGAAUCGUGAGCGCGGAGCUCCUCACGGCGUGGGCCGGUUAAGACGCCGGCUGACCGGCUGCCGCUGCUCUGGGAUCAGAUCUAAACACUUUCUGUGGGCCUUUUUUUUUAAGUGACAGACAUAACAGAAACACCGGAGCUGAGAUCUAAACAAGGUGUCAGUGUGUCCCUCAUUAGAGACGCUGUUCUGUGUUUGCGGUCGCUGGGAAAAAACCAAACAAAAAUCGGCGAGAGAGGAACAAAGCAGGAUGUAUAAACAGCCAUUUUGUUCAGUGGCUCUCCCCCUGGCAGAUGGAGGCGUUUGUAGUUAAAUAAAUAUUUAUUUUGCAUUGGGACAUACUAACAGAACAUGUGACACGUUGAAUGUUGAGAAUUGUUCAGAGAUGCUGUGACAUGACAUGUAUAAAUAUAUUCCAACUCUGUGUAAGACAGGAAUUGUUAAAAUAUAAAUAUUAUUUUGACAGAAUAUUGAGACGUUCAUGGUCAUUGCCAAGUGUGAAGAUGAACACAUCUUCCUUUUACCUUCAAGAGCAUGUUGUGAAAAUAAAAAAAUACAGAAAUUAGAAUCUUCGGAGAGUAGACUAGACCUGUAUAAAUACUUGGUAGGCUACUCUUCGAGGCAAUGUCACGGUUCUUAUACAUAAUUUAUCGUUCCAAACUUUCAAACGCUGGAAACCAAUUGCUCUGAAUUAACCCACGGAUGGAGAAAUGGAUGGAAGUAUAUGCCUGGUAUUAAUCAAUCCCUGCAGAAGCUACCUAGAGCAGCAAAGUGGACACAAACUGUGAUUUGUGUGCCGUAUGUGUAUGAGUUUUGUUAUGCAUCACUUUAUUAGCGAUGUUAAUACCGAUAUACAUGCAUAUGUUUGAUAUCUGCAGCAGUGAUUCGAGUAGAUUACAGAUCUACUCUGUGCUUUUAGAGUCCUGCCUCUAUUGUAGUAUUAUAUUGUAUCUGGAUGGAGUGCAAUCGACACACACUUUAGCAACAAAAAGAAAAGGCUGGCGACUUUGGUACAUGAAUCUCACAGUACAUAACGUUAUAUAACCAUCAACUCACUCAAUUUGUUGAGAUUGUGCAGUCUUGAAUUGACUGUGAUUCCUACAAAUCAGGCCAACUGCUGAAAUACAUGUCAACGUUUUCGUACAUUAAAUUUUGUUUCAAAUCUGAA